GCAGAGGAAGAAAUGUUUCUCGUAUAUCACUGUGCAGUCCUUACUAUAAAAGCACUUAUUUAGCUAGCGCAUACGCUGAAUCGGUCAUGCCGGUUGACUCAGCGCUACCUGUUCCAGAUAACGUGGCUAACGUACAGUGCUUUCCACCGUUUAUUCGUCAACAACCGGGAAGACCUAAAAAAAAUAGGAUGAAAUCUGCUUUAGAAGUUGCACUUGCAAACAAACGUCCUAGGAAAGAGCACAUAUGUUCUCGUUGCAGUCAAAGUGGACAUAAUGCGAGAACUUGUCCGAUAUAAGCAAUUGCUUUUCAUGUUGUUUUGUAAUACGGCUGGGUUUUGUGUUGUAAUACGGCUGGGUUUUGUGUUGUAAUACGGCUGGGUUUUAUUUUCAUUGAUUUGCACAACGGCUGGAUUAUUAAUUGUAAUACGGCUGGGUUUUGUGUUGUAAUACGGCUGGUUUUUUUGUUUUAAUGUUCUAUGACGGCUGCGUUAAUGUUUUUCAAAUUUUGUAUUGUGGUUGGGUUUUUAUUUUCAUUGAUUUGCCCGCUUCCCAUUACUCAAGAGAGACACAGACAUCGAAAAACGAAAUGUCCGUACUUAAUUGCCCUACGUUACGUAAUAGCCCCUACGUAAUUAUUGAUUAUAAAGUGGAAUACGAAAGUAGCGAAUUAAAUUAAGAGAAAUUAAUCUUCAUUGGCUGAGAUAAUGUUACUCACACGCCUAAUAAUUGUCGUGAUUUCUAAUGUCAGCUCUUUUAUUCAAACGCAGUUGAAAAAAACUUCCCCGCUAGAAACACGAAACGUCGCGAAGUCAACUAAGGCUGAGUUAUUGUAAUACACGGCUGAGUUAUGGAUUAAAUUCCCGCUCAAAAUAAGAAAUAAGAAACGCCGCGAUACGAAACUACAACCGUUAACUGCAGAUAAAUAAGGUACUUCUCAAACAAUUACACAUCUUCAACUCUCUAUCUUUUACACAACUGUCCUCUCAUAGAAAAUGGAAUAUUUCCCUCUGCUUGAAUUGCCUGAAGAUCUUCAGGCAAUGGUGGUUGAACGUGUUGCCCGUAACUCCUUCCAAGAUCUCUACCGCCUCAGAGCAUCGUCCAGGUCGAUGAAGGCGUUAGCAGAGAUGCGUAGGGUAUACCAUUAUUUCGAUGUGUUAUCCUUUCCAUGGGGUCUCAUUAUGCCAUCUCAGUUGUUGAAAACUUGCUACGCUGAGAACAAUCCAAGCACAAUUUAUGUAAAGGGUGUACAGUUUUUCUACUCAUACGAUGAGCAAGAUUAUGGCAUUUCUCUCCUCAAGCGUGCAGCAGAUGCAGAAUAUGAGCGUGCAGUGUAUACACACGCUAUGACUCAAGCAAUCUUUUACGGUGAUGCGCAGUAUUUUCGGAGAAUUCCAAGAGCAACUGUUGACAGGGUCGGGAAACUUGUUCGAGAUGCGAAAUGGGGAUGGGGUUUGAGGCAUACUGACGAGUUCCGUCAAAUUAAGGCCAUGUUCACUUCUACUUAUGUUCCGUCCUUCUACCUUUGCCAAUGUGCAAAUGUUGUGGACCGACAAUGUCUCUGCCUAUGGCACAUUGAUGUGACUAAGGACGACAACAUGUGUGAGCGCUGUUUCUGGAUCAAAGAGAUUUCCUUGUUCUUUCGUGAUUUUGAACCGAUAAGCCUGUUUAGGGACACAAGUAAGUGGUGAAGAUGUCUCUGCAUCAGAAUCUUAUCUUUUUUAUGUUUUUUGCUAUGCCAUUAUGUAUGUCGAACAAAAAAUUAUAUAUUCUGUUUUUAUGGCUGACUUAUUUUCAUCUUAUGGCUGAGUUAUUUUCAUCUUAUGGCUGACUUAUUUUCAUCUUAUGGCUGACAUAACUCGACACUGAGUUAAAUUAUGUAUGACUCUUUUGGCCAACUUUUAUUUUUCGACAUCAUUAAAUAUUAACAAUUUUACGACUGAGGUUUAGUUUUCGGUAUUAUUAAUUAUUAACAAUGUUACGGCUGAGUUUUAUUCUUCGGCAUUAUUAAUUAUUAACAAUGUUACGGCUGAGUUAUAUUUUCCGGCAUUAUUUACUUUACACAAGGAAAAAAAAAAGAAAUCAUUUUCGUCCCAACGCGAAAAAAAAAAAAAGCUCUCGACGACAGGCGAUUUCGAAGCGUCUCGAUACGAAGGUAAAACCGAAGCCUCUCUUUUGCAGAUUUGUGGAUUCAGCUUAGGUUCGAUGAUGUUUUCUUCCCAUUCUUUUCUUGUUUGCAGAUGCCUAAUUCGCACAAACCUCAUUUCUUGAAGCCUCUGCUUCCCGAUUUCCACAGUGGCGUGACAAUACCACUUGGCUUCUUCUCACAGCACAUAGAAGGGAAGACAAACUGGAAAACAUGGAAACUAAGAUCGGACGCUACAGAUCAAACUUGGGAAGUGAUACAAGAAGGCAGGAGACUCACCGGAGGUUGGAAAGAUUUCACCACAGCACAUGACCUUCAAAUCGGUGACAUUGUCAUCUUCAAACACGAAGGAGAUAUGGUGUUUCAUGUCACACCAUUUGGUCCUAGCUGUUGUGAGAUUCAGUAUACACAUCCUCACAUCAUCAAGGAAGAAGCUGAUGCGGAUGAUGCUCCUUCUUUCUCAUUUGACUAUUGUUUUCAGGCUCAGGUCACUGCUUCGAAUCUAAAAGAAGACAAACUUUAUCUUCCUGAGGGAGCUACGACUUGUACUGCUUUGAACAAACAAUGCCAAGAGAUAAUACUUGUCAACAAAGAGGGAAAUUCAUGGACUGUGAGUUUGCGAUUUAGCGAAGCAGACGGCAUGUAUUACAUCAGAAGAGGCUGGAGAAAGUUCUGUCGUGCUAACAGAUGCGCCAUAGGAGACUUAUUUGUGUUCAAUGUGGUUGGAGAUGGGAAAACUACUCCACUAAUGUGUGUAUGUCCGGAAAGGGAAGAGUGAUUUUGAACCUAAACUUAUGUAUGUCGAACCAGAAAUUUAUGUAUGUCUCUUUUUAUGGCUGACUAAUAUUCAUAUUAUGGUUGAGUUAUUGUUUAUGUUAUUGUUUGAUUAUGACUGACUUCCACUGAACGUUAUAGCUGAGUUACUAUCUUAUUAUGACUGACGAAUACUCAUAUAAUGGCUGGGUUAUUGUUUGAUUAUGACUUAAUUAACGUAACGGCUGAGAUGCAGUGAACGUUAUAACUGAGUUAUUAAAACAUUAUGACUGACGAAUACUCAUAUUAUGGCUGGGUUAUUGUUUGAUAGUGACUUAAUUAACGUAACGGCUGAAUUGCAGUGAACGUUAUAACUGAGUUAUUAAAACGUUAUGACUGACGAAUACUCGUAUUAUGGCUGGGUUAUUGUUUGAUUAUGAAUUAAUUAACGUACUGGCUGAGUUGCAUUGAACGUAAUAGCUGAGUUACUAAAAACAUUGCGUCUAAAUUAUGAUUACAACACAUGACUACGCAAAGAAAUAGUGCCAAAAUAUGGCCAUACCAAACCCACAAACCACCACUGGAAACAUCAAACACUUCAUCUUUUCCGCUUUACCGAGUUCUUUCUCCAACCGACCAACGUCUACUCUCAGAUCUGAUAUGCCUUUGGUCAUGUCACUCAUCACCGAUUUCAUAUCUUCUACCUCUUCCACCAAGCACUCGUCCGCCCAUUUGAAUAAAUGUCUCUGAUUUCACCAACAUGCCCAGCUCUUAGUAUCACAUUGACAGUAUAAUGAAUAAAAUUAAAAAUCAAACCUUAAUAUAUCCUUUGCGACAGCAAUAGUACAGUCUUCCUGGAUUAGCCCGUGAUGCAGAUGUACAUAAUUCAGCGGGUUCACCACACCAACACUGUUUCGGCGUUCCUCUUUCCACAUGCCGGCGGUGAAAGUAAGUGUUACCAGACACAGAUGAUGAAGAAGACAUUUUCUUUGAAUGAAAGAGAAAUUGGUGUGAAAGACAAAGUUAAAACAAUAGUGGUAGUAAUAUAAAAUCAUUUUUUUAAAAAAAUUCAAAUAAAGAGGAAUAAUUUAAAUUAAUAAACUAUUAAAUGCCUCGAUAUUAGGUUUGAGCCGUAUUUUUCCACACACGUGAUGCACUUUAAUUAUGACGAAUACUCAAUCAAAUCAAGAAAUACGAAAGGUUCUUUAUUAUUUUAUCAAACACUUAAGUUGAAUUCGUAUUACGGCUGUGUUAGCGUCUAUAUUUUGGCUGAGUUAACGUAGACGUAUUGACUGAGUUACAUUAAAAAUAACAAUACCUCGAUUAUGUAAAUAAUCCGAUACAUGCGUGCCAGCCGUAUAAUAAUGAGUCUCGAUAUUCUCAAUGCAAACGAAAUUUCUCAUGCACAUAAUAAUAAGAGAAUAAAGGUCUCUAAUAAUAGUAGUCUCGAUAAUGUAAUGACGGCCAUAAUAAUGAGUCUCGAUAUUCUCAAUGACGAUGGAAUUUCUCGCACGUAUAAUAAUAAGAGAAUAAAGGACUCUAAUACUGGUCUCGAUUAAGUAAUGGCGGCCAUAAUAAUACAUUGAAAAUAGCGUUAACUAUGGCUUUGUAUUUUUACAAUAUAAGGCUGAGUUAUUAGUAUCUUAAUUCGUAUUACGGCUGAGUUACUUAACUGAAACACUGACGUUUGACGCAAACAAUUCCGGCUGAGUUAAACAACUUUAUAAAACCUUAACGGCUGAGUUAAACAACUUUAUAGAAACUAAACGGCUGAGUUAAACAACUUAAUAGAAACUUAAUGGCUGAGUUAAACAACUUUAUAGAAACUUAACGGCUGAGU